UUCGGUGUGUAGCCUUGGGAGCGUGCGAGAAUAGAGCGAGAGAGAGAGAGAGAGAGAAAGAGAGAGAGAGAGAGAGCGAGAGAGCCGAGCGUGUUUGGUCGUCGCGGGGCGAGGAUGCCGAAUACAAUCAGUAGUGGUCGUCCGGGUGCAGCAGGCGUGACCCUCCUCCUCGCUACGAGUGGUGUGUGACUCAGAGUGAGCUUUAUCGCGCGGUAGUGCGUGCGUUAAGGAUAUCGAUCCCCUCAACGAUGUACGAGCUUGUUUAAGCGAAAGAGGAAAACACGAGAGCGGGCAAGAGGAAGAAAGUGUAAUGGAUCAGCAAAAAAACAGACAGAGCAGGCCUCGACUGCGCGCCCACGGCAGUAAUUCUGCGAGGGUGCUUGUUUUCGAUCAACCUGAGACUGCUGCUGGAGCUAGUGCCGAUAAAAUGGAAUCCGAUGUGUCGCGAAAAUUGCUGCUCGCUCAGCAAAUCGAGAGCAAAGAAGCUCCCGCACGACCAGCAAGCCCAGAGUUGUCCAACCUGCUCCGUAUGAGAAAUUCUGCUAUUGGAAAGUCAGCUCCCUCACUCUCUGUUCAUAUGCGAGACUUCAACUUGCCUCGAAGAACAGCAAAGGCAUCUCAUAGAAAAUCAUUCAUCUCUACCACAUCACCAACCCUUCCAAGAUGCCAUUCCCCUCUGUCAGCUUUUGUUCCAGUUGUUGGUAGCCCAUUGGAGAGCCCUCGAAUGUCUUGUAGUCCACAUUUUGCUUUUGUUCCAAUUAAACGAAUUGGAGGUGGUGCUACAAGCACGGGUGACGGUAGACGUUGGUCGGUCGCUAGUUUACCGUCUAGUGGAUAUGGUACUACUCCUGGCUCCAGUAACGUUUCGUCACAGUGUUCAUCACAAGAGCGUCUACAUCAACUUCCAAACAUCCCAACAAAGGAUGAGCUGCGGAUGUUAUCUUGUCACUUCUCCAAGCCCGGAACACCAUGCUCAUCGACUCAUCCGGGAUUUCCAGGAACUGUUGUCACAUCGGGGGGUAGUCAAGAAGACGAAAAUGGACGAAGAUCACCAUUGCAUCGUCCACGCUCCAGAAGUCUCAGUAGUCCAAGUCGUUCGCCAAUCUUAGACAGCGAAAUCGUCAUGAUGAACACGCUAUACAAAGAGAGGUUUCCUAAGGCAACACAACAAAUGGAAGAGAGAUUAACAAACUUCAUCAACGAGAACAAAGAUAUUGACGAGUAUGAGGUUGUCAAUCAGAAGGCGCAAGAUUCCUUACCGAUUUUACGAUUCGUUCAUCAUCAGGUAAUCCAGAUAGCUCGAGAUUGUCUGCAGAAAUCUCAAGAGAAACUCAUUACCACCCGAUAUUUCUACGAGAUGAAUGAAAAUUUGGAGCAUCUUCUUAUGGAGACGAAAGAUAAAUCAUUGGACGCAGCAACCCGUUUGACACGCCUCAUCAAGAAGCUUCUCCUGAUAAUCUCACGUCCAGCGCGAUUACUCGAAUGCCUCGAAUUCGAUCCCGAGGAAUUCUAUCAUCUCCUGGAACAAGCUGAGGGUCAAGCUAAAAUCACCAUCGGGAUCGAGAAGGACAUUCCGCAGUAUAUUAUAAAUAAGUUAAAUUUGAAUCGUGAUCCCAUCUCAGAAUUGCAAGAAGAGAUGAAUAAGCUAGAAGAUUCGGCGAGCUCAAGUGACAGUAAUCUACAGUUAGCAACGUCGAGUCCUGAUAAAAAAGAAGAGGAGAGAACACAAAGAAUUCCUUGCGAGAGCGACUACGAGAUAUUGAAGUUGAUAAGUAAUGGCGCAUAUGGAGCUGUUUAUUUAGUUAAAGAAAAGUCGACGAGACAGAGGUUCGCCAUGAAGAAGAUCAAUAAAAAUAAUCUAAUGCUGAGGAACCAAGUGGAGCAAGUGUUUGCUGAGAGAGAUAUUAUGAGCUUUACUGACAAUCCAUUUGUUGUUUCUAUGUACUGCAGUUUUGAAACUAAGAAACAUUUGUGUUUGGUAAUGGAGUACGUCGAAGGUGGAGACUGUGCCAACUUACUGAAAAAUAUCGGUCCACUUCCUCCAGAUAUGGCGAGAUUUUAUUUUGCUGAAACUGUUUUAGCUGUCGAGUACCUUCAUAGUUAUGGAAUUGUUCAUCGUGAUUUGAAACCCGAUAAUUUACUCAUCACGGCACUAGGUCACAUAAAACUUACAGACUUUGGUUUGAGUAAAAUGGGUCUCAUGUCUCUUGCCACAAAUCUUUACGAAGGUUACAUUGAAAAAGACACGCGGCAAUUCUCGGACAAGCAAGUUUUUGGCACUCCAGAAUAUAUAGCUCCAGAAGUAAUAUUACGGCAGGGUUACGGUAAACCUGUCGACUGGUGGUCGAUGGGUAUAAUACUUUACGAGUUCCUUAUCGGUUGUGUACCAUUCUUCGGUGAAACACCCGAGGAAUUGUUUGCUCACACUGUCAAUGAUGACAUUGAGUGGCCGGACGAGGACGAUUGGCAUGUGCAACCAGAGGCAAAGGAUAUUAUAACGGCAUUGUUGCAGCAAAACCCUCGCGAUCGUUUAGGUAUUGGUGGAUCACACGAGGUUAAGGAUCAUCCUUACUUCUAUGAAGUUAACUGGAAUAGUCUUCUCAGGCAGAAAGCCGAAUUUGUUCCUCAAUUAGCUAAUGAUGAAGAUACUAGUUAUUUUGAUACUCGCAUGGACCGUUACAAUCACGAUUUAGGUGACGACACCGAUGACACGGAUGACUCACCAUUGUUCGGUUCGUUCUCAUCAUACUCGCCGCAAUCACGGAAGAUCUCACAAACUCGUCCGCCGAGUUUCAACACCACAGACAACGAAGCCGAUUCGUUGAAGAAGCAAUUGUUCCGAAAUGAACUUGAGAAAACGGUGGCUCAACUGACCUUGAAUUCGCCCUCGUCUGCUGUUUCCACGCCAUUGAAAUUGGAAGAGACCGAUGGUCAGAAGAAUAAGCCGCCUAUGAACACCAGUCUCACCGAAGUAGAUAUAAAAUUAUCAACCCCCUCAAAAUUAUCGGCAUUAUCAGACUCGCAGUCAACGCUCAAGAAGUUACCACCAACACCAAGCCCAUGUAGUGGAGGAAUACAUUAUCACAGUACACCCGAAAGCUCGCAAACUGAAUCUGAUGACAUCAGUCCUCAAAUCCAACGCAAGAGACACGCUCAUGCGCGCGAUAAGCUGCCCAGGUUCAGUAUUUCCUUCGAUGAUGAGAGUAACACCACACUUAAUUUAACAGCAUCCAAUACCGAUUCCGCCGAUGACAAGCACAAUUCAAGUACAGAUUCUUUUGAAUCAUCGACUGCUUUGCCUUUGCUGCCGACUGGCAAACAAAAAUCACGUUCCGUUAUCAAAUCCGCGUCGACCAGUGGACUUUCACUCGUCAUACCCACUGGCGAUUUUUCCAUUGAUAGUUCAUCGUCGGCAAAUCAGAGUAUUGAAUCACCUGGAGGCUCGUCGACUGCUUCGUCUCGUGAUACCUCGCCUUGUCGAGAGCUUAGUCCAUUAGUGACAAGCCUUAAGCCUCCUAUUAUUAUACGAAGGGGUCCAAAUGGUUUUGGAUUUACCGUGCAUACGAUAAGGGUUUACUAUGGUGAUAGUGACUUUUACACUAUGCAUCAUCUAGUCAUGGCUGUGGAUCAACAAAGCCCGGCGUUCGAGGCAGGUCUGCGACCCGGCGAUUUGAUAACACAUAUAAACGGUGAGCCUGUGCAAGGUCUAUUUCACACGCAAGUGCUGCAGUUGAUGUUGAGUGGUGUUGACCACGUUACGCUUCGAAGUACUCCACUGGAGAAUACAAGUAUCAAGACUGGCGGUCGUAAGCGCGAAUUGGCACAGAGUAAGAUGGCUAGAAGGGCAUUACAUCAGAGACAGAGGAGACAGAAGAAAGAUCACUCGGACAAGAAGCGAAAGACAAGUUUAUUUAGGAAAAUUAGUUCCAAGAGGGCUAGCGCUGAAAUGCAGCAGCCAUUAACUAUCAGUUGUCCCUUGUCAGCACCCAUUCUACCCAGCGACAGCAAACCACCUCUUAUGAUGGCAGCUGGUUUAUGUUCUCCGUCAAUGGUCACUCCAUCGCGGUCGUUCCAAUCGUUUACGCGCUCGCAAUCGCAGCAGGACACACCGUCGCAUUUUAGUCCGUCCUCGCCGUCUAGCCGUCCACCGUCUGAUUCUUAUCAUUCGACAGGUAACUCAUCCCCGUAUUCAUCACCAAAUACCUCGUCGCCUUGCUCAAGUGUGCCAAGUGCAAGUGGCCAAGCACACUAUCAACGUCCAAGUACUUUGCACGGUCUCAAGCAUAAGCUGCAUAUAGCCGCGAAGAAUAUUCACUCGCCGAAUCGUCGAAAAUCUGUUGGUCACAUACCAUUAUCGCCGCUCGCGAGGACACCGAGUCCAUCACCUAUUCCGGCCAGUCCGACGAGAAGUCCAAGUCCUCUGGCUUUUCCUACUGGUCAUCAGCCAGGCAGUUCCAACACGACGCAGUCAUAUAGUCCAGGAGCCUCAUUAUCAACACCAAAUAGUCAGAAGAAAACUUACGGCCGUCCGAAGUCUGCCGAGCCAGGAUCACCACUGCUUCGUCGUGCAUUAAGCCCAGACCGUUUGCAUCCACGUUCCGCUGAAACGAAACCGUCGAUUUCGCCUCUUGCCAAUAGCGUUGUUAAAGUACAACCACGCCUGAGUAUCGCACAGACGACUUAUCCAGAAAGUUGUACUUCCGAAGCAGAAACGAAUGCCGAGGCAAAAGAACAUGGAAUCUCGCUGAACGUAUCAAAUUCCAGCCAGUUGCCGAGAAUUGCCGAGGAAAAGGACUCUCCUACCGGAAAUAAAGAUCUAGUUGAUAAUAGUGGGAUAGUGAGAACUGAAGUGGUUAACAAAAUUGUCAAGCAGAUUCAAGACGAAUCGUUGGAAGGCUUCGAGAGAAAGAGCGAUACUAAGUAAAUACGGUGACGCGUUUGUUAAUGUUUUUCUCAUUAUUUGCUGCUACUUGGCUGAUUGGGUGAGAGGGUGUUUGUUUUUGAACCGUACAGCUUUUAACGUAACAUUUUAAACAAUGACACUUUCAACUGCAACGUAAAAAAAAUAAGUACGAAUUAAAAAGAGAUUCAGAAGCAUAUAUUUUGCUAGCAACUUUUCAAUUUAUGAUAAUCUCUAAAUUUCGAUAAAUCUUUUGUGAAUGUUUACCAAGCACAUGUACGCACCAUAUCAUGAUAUUGAAGGGUAACUUAAAUAUGAAUAAAACUAUUUUGAUGAAUUCUGAUACGUUCGAAUAACGUUCUCAACGAAAAGUUAACUGUUUCCAGUUCAAAGACAAACGUGUUUACCUUUCUUCGGCUAUCAAAGUUAUUUUGCAGCAUUGCACUGAUAAUUUCCACGAACCAUUUAUAUAACUUAAUUUUACCCUUUUGUACAUAUUCGUUUUUAUUUUUUUAUAUUAAAUCUUUUUCUUCUUUCUUUCUUUUUCUUUUGUAGCGUUAAGUUUAUUUUAAUAAACGAAUAGGCGAAUGAAAAAAGCGUUGAAAAAAGUUGAUUCUGCUAUGGUUUUUGCAAUCACUGCCUUUUGAUUGGAAGUAUAUAUAAAUUGUUUCAUUAUAUUUUUUCGGUUGGUCUGCGAUGCGCUUUUUGUAUUUUCUCUAGCACCUGUCACUAUAGGUAAAAUAAUAUGUAGCAAAGCAUACACUGAAAGCAAAUAAUUAAUAUAAAUAGAUUAAAAACAAAAAGAUACAAAUAGCUCUUUUUGGUAGUUAGGAGCCACGUCAAGCAAGGUAAUAAUAUUACUUUUACUGCUAAAUCGGACUGCAGUAUUUGUGAUCUCAUGGUAUAUCUCAUCAUAUCAAUCUCUAUUUUCCAUUUCAAUAUGUACUUCGAUUUCGAAUUUUGUGCCAAUAAAAUAUGUGAUGCAAGGAAAAAACAAAGUAACGUUGAAUUAAGAAAAAAUUCCAGUGUAUACGGUAAUUCUUAUUUUUCACUUCGGUAUGCAAAACAUUGAAGAGAUAUGCAAAUAUUAAACAGUCGAAAAAAUCAUCAAACGAUAUUUAUAACCAUUACAGAUUGUAAAUUUAUUUAAAAGCAAAUUAUUGUUAUAGCGAAUAGAUAAAUAGCGUCUUUCCUAGAAUCUAUAUCAGAACUCGUUGUAAUAUUUUAUGUUAUAACGCAUAGAUAAUCGCAAAUCAUUUUAGACCAACUAUACAUCGUUAUGACGUGUUUUUCCAACCUUCGCUAAUAAAUAAAAGCUAACGUUGCAUGACAAUUUAAACGUGCAAAACUAUAACUAUUGAUUUGAAGAUGAAGAAAAAGAAGUCGAAAUACGUGGUUAUCUCUUACACAUAAUAAUCAGCGUGAAAUUUAUUUGUACAUUUUUUCUGUAUAUGUCGGCGAACAAUCUCUUAUUGAUAUUAAUGUUAUGAGUGUGAAAAUGUUGUAUAAAUCUCGGAUUUAUUCAUGAAGCAUUUGUUUUUGGAAAUUUGAAAAAUUUUGCCAAAAAAACUUCGGUUACAUUAAUUGAAGUUUCUUUAGCACAUAAAAUGUUUGGAUUGCAAACAUUAAAGAAAAAAAGAAUUUUAUUGGUUGAUCGUAUUUUUUGCACGGCAAAACACUUUUUAACGAUCAAUCAUAAUUCUGGUCUAUAGCUGUGAUUAUUUUUCCCUCUUCCCCUUAUUAAGAACGUAGGUAAUUUUAGAAAAUAUGAAACAUCUACUUAAUUGAUAUUCUAUUUUAUUAAGAAAUCCAUGUGUAGCAUCAAAAUCAUAAUAGCAAGUACACUCAAUAAAAUUUCUUUUAAUGGAUAUAAAAAAAAUUUUGCGUUUUACUAUGCAUAGAAAGCAAAAUUCACAUCACUUCCACCAUCCAAUUGCAUAUGUACAAACGAAAUAGUUAUUUGUGUUCCCUACGACGAUUAACUAAUUUUUCAUUCUUGCCAGAGUCGUGUUCGGAUUAUCUUACAGGCGAUCCUUUAUCAUUAAAGUUGCUUGCAAUACAACUAUACACAGAACUCAAAGAUAUGCAUUCUUAUAUUUUUGUUAGUAUGAACUGAAUCGACAUAGGUUCGUACUGAUUUUACAAUGCUAAUUGCUUUUAUUUUGAGUCUCUGAUGUACUAUUCCAUUUCAAAAAUAGAAUACACAAUCCUUAAAUACGACCUUGAUAAGAAUGGACAAUUUUUUAAAUAUUAUAGGUGAGCCAAAUACAACUAUGGCUGAGAUUUUAAAUUUGAAAAUUUUUUCUUUUUGAAGUUAAAGAUCUGCUUAAGAGGGAAUGCUGGAUAUUUCCUAAUUAUCCUAUUUUUUGCAUGGUAACCAUCGUUGUUUUCUUCUGUGUGAUAUUUUUUUUUCUUUUCGAAAUCAUACAUGUAUAAACUUUUAAUGCAAAUAAAUUUGUUUCCCUCGUCUUUUUGUAGAAAGUGCACGUUUAUGUGUGAGAAUGGAUUAUA